CGUCCCGGGGUGUUGUAGUACAUCGGACGCCUGCCGCCGCAUCGUAGUCGCUACGAGGAGCCCGCUCUCUCCAUCCAUACACGCGCGCGCGACCCGAACCACUUCGCCUCCACACGCUCCAAGUUUUCGCACCGGCCUCGACUCGUCGUCUAUUCGAUACUGCGCACAUAGUCGCCAUCGCGCGCCCGUGUGCUGGACUGGGGACUACAAAUCCAGCGAGCGUGUGAAUUAUGGCUCUGGCGCCAGGCGAUCGUAAGCGCGUCAAAGUCUAUGAGCUCAAGAACAAUGAUUGGUUCGAUCGGGGCACGGGUUUCUGCAGAGGGGUCGUAACAAGCCAGGAGGAAGCGAGGAUCCUUGUUCUCUCCGAGGACGACCAGACGCGACAGUUACUGGAGACGCGGAUCUCAAAAGACGAUGGUUACCAAAAGCAGCAGGAUACGCUUAUAGUAUGGACCGAGCAAAAUGGUACCGACAUGGCCCUCAGCUUUCAGGAGCCAGAGGGCUGCGCCAGUAUAUGGGAUUUUGUGAACGAAGUGCAAUCGCGGUUGCAAGCGCUCGCGCAGGACGAUGGCCUCUCAGACGACAUCGACCACAUUAGCCCCAUACUGCUUCCUAAUCCUGACCUCGGCAACCUGCACGAGAUCGAGAACCAUAUGCGCGCAGCAAACUCCACGCCCGGUGGUCGCGAAGCCCUAGCAAAGUUCAUUCUCGCCCAGAACUACAUUCCCAAGUUGAUACCUUUGGUAGAGAUGGCCGAGGAUCUUGAGAGCGUGUCAGAUUUACAUCGACUAUGUAGCAUCAUGAAGAUGCUCAUCUUGCUCAACGACACCUCCAUCAUCGAAUACGUGGUCACAGAUUCGGUGGUACUGGGUGUAGUCGGGGCCCUGGAGUAUGACCCAGAUUUCCCAUUGCACAAGGCUAAUCACCGCCAGUAUCUCGGCGACGAGUCCAAGUUCAAAGAGGUGGUCAAGAUAGAGGAUGACAGCAUCAAGAGAAAGAUCCACUACACAUACCGACUACAAUAUCUGAAGGACGUCGUACUCGCGCGCAUUCUCGACGAUCCUACAUUCUCUGUCCUCAAUUCGCUCAUAUUCUUCCACCAAGUCGAUAUUGUUCAGCAUCUACAAGCGAAUGGACCAUUUCUCAAGGAGCUUUUCGGCAUCGUUGGACCCAAAGAGCAAAGUCUGGCGCGAAAGAAGGACGCGGUGCUUUUCAUUCAGCAGUGUUGCACCAUUGCGAAGAGCCUGCAGGCUAAUAGCCGGGCACAACUAUACCAGAACUUCAUCAGCAAUGGUUUGCUGGAAGUGAUACAAUUUGCGCUUAAGCAUCAGGAUGCCUCCAUACGCUUGGCCGGGAUUGACACACUAAUUUCCCUCAUCGACCACGAUGCCCUGAUGGUGCGGAGCUAUAUUUUUAAGGCGAUCCAGGAGAAGUCGAAACCACUGACUGAUACCAUCAUCGAGUUGCUCUUGAUUGAAGUAGACCUGGGAGUUAAGGCGCAGAUGGCGGAUGCCAUCAAGGUCCUACUCGAUCCCAACGCCAACUCGGCAUCAAUAGAAGCGCUCGGGCGGACGAACAGCGACUUCCUGGCGAAGAUGAGGGGCCAAUUACCAUCCAUACCUCAAACGGACUCCUUCAUACAGAACUUUUACGAUGAGUCCGCACGGAAACUGUUCCAGCCUCUUAAGGACCUCGAAGGCCGACAGUCAAUGGACGAUCUUACCAUGCAGGAAGUGUCAUUAUACGCUCAUCUGGUAGAAGUUCUUUGCUUCUUCAUCAGACAGCAUGCCUACCGCAGUAAAUAUUUCGUCCUGUCGGAAGGCCUGGGGGCACGGGUCGCUCAGCUCAUGGAUUGCCCAGAGAAACAUCUAAAGCUGACUGCACUCAAGUACUUCCGUACUGUGAUUGGAUUCCAUGACGAGACACACAACCGUCAGAUUAUCCAGCACCAAUUGUUCGAACCGAUCUUGAAGAUUUUGUUCGACACAAUGCCACGCGACAACCUCCUAAACUCAGCAUGUUUAGAACUGUUCGAAUUCAUCAAGCGUGAGAACAUCAAAAUGAUUGUCCAACAUCUCGUCGAAACCUACCGAGAGAAGCUACAGGGGAUAACUUAUGUCGACACUUUCCAAAACCUCAUACUGCGAUACGAUCAGAUGCACGAACCAGUGACUACCCAAGAGCUGGACCACUCGUUUACUAGUGUAGACAGCGAUACACCCGCUCGGCACGUUGGAGCUGUCAACGGUGGAAAGUGGGGCCAAGGUCUUAAAGACGUAGAUGCAGACGAAGAGGCCUACUUCAAUGCGUCAGACGACGAAGACGAGAACAUUUCUGGUACCGGAAAGCCUGUUCUCAACGGAGCUUCGCCCGUGCGACCUCUCGUCAACUACCCUGACGAUGAUGUCGACGAAGAUGACAUGGACAUCCUCGCAGCAGACGUACCCAUCUUAGUCCACAAGAUGUCAGCGGCAACGCAGACUCCAGAAAAGACUACGUCACCUGUAUCGGCAUCCGCUGGAUCACCACCUGAACGCAUCUCGGAGAAGCGACGCAGAGAAGAGGAUGAGGAGGACGAGCUCCUUGCAAACAUUUCUACGACUACUGGGCCCAAGCGCCGCGCUUCGACAUCUAGCAACACAAGUACAGGCAGCUUACGGAGCCUCCGUCGAAAAUCACCAAACAUCAACUCCGGCAAAGACGGCGGUGGAGGACCGAAAAAGAUAUCAUUGUCUAUACCAGUAAAGAGCGGUGGUGAGGGCGGGGAGGGUGAAUAAUACUGCACCCCGAGACGAGGAAUGGAGUAUGUGGA